CCGUAACAUCGUGACGCCAGAUUGCCAUGGAAACUACAUUUCGCUCCCAGUUGAGAGAAAACAGUGCGUGGUUGAACUUCAGUUUGUUUCAGCACCACUGUCUUGUUGGACAGCGAUCACGCACGAACCUACAGCUUAGCAAGAUAAUAACGAAUUGUGUCUACGACUCGGAGAUCCAAUUAAACCUGUUGGAUAUCACUUAUUGUUGUUUUUAUCACUAUAGUUUGGCUAAGUUCUACCAUUUCAUUCAGCAGUUAGGUAAACCCAAGAUAAUGGAGCUCCAAAUGGAUAGAAGAUUUCACAACUUGACCCUGGAGCAAGUCCAGACUCUGGACCAGGUGUUGACAGAGGUGAUCCCCAUCCACGGCCGAGGGAACUUCCCCACCCUGGAGGUGAGACCCAUGGACAUCAUCCACGUAGUGAAGGACCGGCUGGUGGAGAGGGAGAUCAGGGUCAGGGACAUCCGCCUCAAUGGCUCCACCGCCAGCUAUGUGAUGGUCAGGGACAACGGCACAGGCUACAGAGACCUGGACAUCAUCUUUGGAGUGGAGCUGCCCAGACAGGAGGACUUCCAGGUUAUCAAGGAGGUGGUGCUGGGCAGCCUGCGUGACCUCCUUCCCCAUGGGGUCAACAGACGCAAGAUCACCUGCCUCACCAUGAAGGAGGCCUACGUACAGAAGAUGGUCAAGGUCUUCAAUGAGCACGACCGCUGGAGCCUAAUCUCACUGUCCAAUAACAGGGGUAAGACUGUGGGGCUCAGGUUCGUAAAUUCCCUGCGACGACAGUUUGAAUUCAGUGUGGACUCCUUCCAGAUUAUAUUGGACCAUAUGCUGGAGGCAUAUUGGGAGACUGAGAGGAGGCAAGAGGGUCAGUGUGAGGGAUUGGAGUUACACAAUGGCAAUGUGUUAUAUCUGGAUAGAGGGGCAGAGAAAAACAUAAUGGAUCCCCAGUACCCUUCUGUGAAUCUAAAAGAAGACUCAAUGAUGACACACUUCACUGACAGUCUGUGCCACAGUGAAGAGGUUAUCGUUCAAAAGGAAGAAUCAUCACAUCCGAUGGAUGUGCAUGCAACUGGAAAGCAAGAGGAACAGGAAGUGUUAGAGAAAGCAGAGCUUGACCUGGGAUCUCUGGAGGAUGAGGAAGAGGUAGAAGAGGUGGUGGUGUUAACAGUUGAUACAGUAAAAGUACAAUUUGUUCAGAAUACAGAUUACCUCUCAGUUAUAUCCUCCAAAACAAUGACAGAAGAGAUGGAACCUCUGGUGCCAAAUACAUCUGUAGACCCUCAAAGUAACACAGAGGAGUCAUUGAUUUCUGAGUCAAAAGACAUCAAUCCAUCCCCCAUGUUGCUCACAGAGAACUCAGCACUGCAACAAGAGCAAGCUCAACUUCAGGUGAUACUUCAAUCCACAUCCCAAGACUGCCCUGCUGUCACACAAAACGUACACCUUGAACAUUCAUUCCUUCCCCCAGCCAAGAAAACCUGUGACACAUCCCAGCAAGUUGUACCUGACUUUUGUCCCUCACCUAAAUCUCCAAGGAAGAUGUCACGAAAGAUGAGCAGCACUUCACUCCCUGAAAAAUGGUAUUUGUUAAAAGAUCUGUCAGAUCUGACAACACAGCUGUUUGAGCCUAUAGAAAUACAAACAAAUCCCUCUUUAAUAGACACUGAUCAAGGCCAUUAUUCAUCUUCCUCAGGGUCCAGACAGAGGAACUCAGAGAGCACUAAAACACUCACAGAUCACCUUACUCCAGCUGUUUCAUCCCAAGAUAAUAACAUAUCACCCCACAACAUAGAACAAAUAGUCAGGGUGAAAUACUCAAAAAAACCUCCCAACUCAGAAGCUACUCAGGAAUCAGUGUCCCUUCAAACCACAGGGGACAGAGUCCUAGAGUCUGUGCCUGCUGCUGCUCAGGAACCAGGGUCACCAGAGACAACCACAGUCUUUCCAGGGCCAAGCUCGGCCUUAAAAGACAGGGUCAGCAUCACUGUGGUAGCAGAGUGCAUGUACGGUGACUUUGAGCAAGCCAUGGAUCACCUGCGCUUCCGACUCAUUUCCACCCAUAACCCAGAGGAGAUCAGAGGAGGUGGACUUCUGAAGUACAGUGACCUGCUCGUGAGGAACUUCAGGCCAGCCAGUGAGACAGAGAUCAAGUCCCUUGAGCGUUACAUGUGCUCCCGCUUCUUUAUUGACUUUCCUGACCUCAGCGAGCAGCAGCGCAAAAUCGAGGCCUACCUGCGCUGCCACUUUAUUGGUGAUGAGGAGACGGGCAAAUAUGACUUUCUGAUGACCCUGCGUCGGGUGAUAGAUGAUAGUACAGUGUGUCUGAUGGGACAUGAGCGGAGGCAGACACUCAAUAUGAUCACUGUCCUGGCUCUGAGGGUGCUGGGGGAACAGAAUGCCAUUCCCAAUACUGCCAACGUCACCUGCUUCUACCAGCCUGCACCUUACAUGGCUGACCCCAUAUUCAGCAGCUACUACAUUCCCCAGGCAGCACAGCCCCCCCUCCUUUACCACCCCUACCCUUUACAUGUCCACAUGCAGACCGGCCUGGUGUAGGUCCCAGCAUGUGAGUGGGGGAGAGCAUGCGGGGUGUGUUCUAUAUGGUUCUACUCUGUAACCAGAGACACAAAAUAUAUUUAAAAAAGAAAACCGGCUGCAUGAGCACAGUUUGUUCAAUGCUUUGAAAAGACACUGCCUAUGACGUGAGAGACAGUGGACACAGAAUAGGGAGUAUUGGAGUUCUUUAAAUAAAGGCCGGCCACCACGUCACCGUUACAUUUUUUGUUGUUGUUUUGAAUGGGAGAGAGAAUAGCUGUCAUAGGGAAAGAACCGUUUACAUGGCUGUUUUAGCUGCAUCAGCAGGGCAGGCAGGCAGGCUUUGGCCGUGUUCAAGAGCAUAAAAUCUGUGAUGCAUUGUGGGUAAAUGUUGACUGAAUGAUUUACAAAUAAUAUUGAGUAGGUAUUUAUGAUGCAAAAUUAGUUGUAGAUCAGUCAUCAGCACUGUCGGCUACAAUGUCAAACAAGUCCUUUGUCACCUUCCUGUGACUGGGGAACCUAUAUUGUCAAUUAAUGAGAAAGUUGUUUAACAUCACAGAAAUACUGUAUGAAGUGUAGACCGAGCGUUUUCUUAUAUUAUUAACUGGGUGGUUCGAGUCCUGAAUGCUGAUUGGCUGACAGCCAUGGUAUAUCAGACUGUAUACC